AUGGCGCCUGGCUGCGCCGGCGGGUGCUCCCAGGCCGCCUCCCCGCGCAGCAGCUGCUCCGCCACCCGCCCGAGCUCCGGGGAGGAGGGCUCGCACCGCGGCGCCCCGGCAGACGUCCGCGGGCCGUGCCGCCCCCGAGCUUUCGUCGAGGCCGUGGGCGCGGCCGCGGCGCCGGACGCGUCGUCGGCGCCGUUGGACGCCACCUCGGAGGAGGGCGUCGCCGCCCGCGACUUCUGUGCAGGCCACCCGUGCCGGCGCCGGGAGGCGCGCCGAUCGCCGGAGGAGGGCCUGAGCCAGGGGGCGCGUGCGCCGGCCGCCCGCCGCUUCCGGCGGCCUCCGCGGGUCACCGCCUCGCGCCUGCGGGGCGUGGCAGCCGGAGGCCCCCGCCUCGGACACGGAGGGCCGCGCGAGGGCGCGAGGCGUUUCCAGGGCCCGAGUUUCCAGAGCAUCAGGGAGUACGUGGGCCAGCGCUUCUCGGCGGAGCUGCACCACGCGUUCGGCCCAGGCGCACGGGUGUCCGACGCGGGCGUCUCGGCCGCCGUCGAGCGGCAGUUCUUGCAGCGCCUGCGGCGGAGCGGGCGGCUGGAGGACUCCUUGCGUUUGGCGUUCCACGGCUCCAGGAAGGCCAACUUCGCGUCCAUCUUGAGGCGGGGGUUCCUGCUGCCCGGCUGGGGCAGGCACCGGGUCCCCGUGGCGCAUGGGAACGCCCACGGCCCGGGCAUCUAUACAGCGAGGGAGGGCGCGGCGCAGUUGUCCCGCGGGUUCUGCGAUUCAGCGAGUAUGCUGGUCUGUGCUGUCAUCGACGACGCGGGCGUCGUGGAGGACGGCCGAGACUCCGAGGCCCGGGCGGCUCGCACGGCUCUCCGGAUCGGCCGGCCGCCACGGAGCCCGUCGGUUUGCGUGCGGCUGCGGUCGAACGGCGCACCGGUGAAGGGUGCCGGCGUGCCCCAGCCAGCGGGCGGCAUGUUUUGGCGGCCUGCUCUUCUGGGCGGUCGUGAGGUCCACAGGCGCACGUCCGAGAUCACGCACGUCGGGGACGCCAUGGUCGUCUUCAACCCGUCCUGUGUCGCACCGCUCUUCCGAGUCGACCACGUACCGGAGAGAUUGUACCAACCGCGCUGGAGGAAAAGUGCCGCGGCACCUUGCGCAGAGGCCGCGGCAGCCGAGCCAGCAGAGCCGGUUGACGACCUUAUUCCACCGGACGGCAAUCCGAAUCUCGGUUCCCCUCCCGAGGAUACCAGCCAGGCCCGCGCUACCCGCCACGAGGUCGCCAUGAAGCGGAACAUGCUCAGGAGGCAGAGGCAGCGCACCGUUCGCCGUGCCAGAGACCUGAAAUGGGGCGGCCGCUGA